UCGCUUAGCUCUCUCAUUUUUUUGACAACAAGCUUUCUCCCAAAGCUUUUAACAAAACUUAAUUAACUCGACUCUUUCCUUUCUUCUCCGGGAAAAAAAAUUCCUGACCAGAAGAUGCAGAUCGGAAUCGCAAACACUCUCCCGGCGCACCAGGUCCACCUUUUUCAGGCGAGGCGCGCCGGCAGCUUCAAGUACAACCAAUCCCCCCUCAAUCCUUCAACUGUAAUUUCUUCUUCCGCCUCUUCUCCGGCGACAAUCUCCGCCCCCGAUUGCACCAAGAGGCAUCUCGCCAACCUCGACAAGCUUCUCCAGAAGGAAGCGCCGAAUUCCAGAUCCAACCGCCUCGAUUCGAUUCCCAAAGUUCCGAGACCGGAUAAUGGAGCGGCGGCGUCGGGUUUGGCGAGUCGGGGGAGGAAUUUUCUAGAGGGGCUGAAUCUGGCACGGAUCUGGCCGGAGAUGAAGGCGGCGGCGGAGGAGAUGUCGCCGAGGCACCUGAACAGGCUGCACCGCCUCCUCUCGAUGACGGCGGAGUACUCCCCCCGCAACAGCCUGGCCUGCCGCUGGAGGGAUUACCACGGCGGCAACGACUGGAAGGGGAUGCUCGACCCUCUCGACGAGAAUCUCCGGCGGGAGGUGGUCCGGUACGGCGAGUUCGUCCAGGCGGCGUACCACGCCUUCAACUCAGAUCCCGCGACGGAGGCCGACGAGGCCCCGCUCCCCGUCCGCGUGGCGCUCCCCGAUAGGUCGUACAAGGUGACCAAGUCGCUCUACGCCACGUCAUCGGUCGGGCUGCCGAAGUGGGUCGAUGAGGUGGCCCCGGAUCUCGGGUGGAUGACCCAGCGAACCAGCUGGGUCGGGUACGUCGCGGUUUGCGAUGACCGUAGGGAGAUCCAGCGCAUGGGCCGCAGGGACAUCGUGAUCGCCUUACGUGGCACUUCGACCUGCUUAGAAUGGGCCGAAAACAUGCGGGCCGGAUUGGUCCCAAUGGAAGAUGAAGAAUCACCAUCUCCCCAAACCCAAACCCAGCCUAAAGUCGAGUGCGGGUUCCAAAGCCUGUACAAAACCGAAGGAGCCCAUGUCGCCAGCCUGGCCCAAUCCGUGGUCCAGGAGAUCAAACGCUUAAUGGAGCAGUACAAAGGCGAGACGCUAAGCAUCACGGUGACCGGCCACAGCCUCGGCGCCGCUCUGUCCCUCCUCGUCGCCGACGAGCUGAGCAGCUGCUCCCCCGAAGUGCCGCCGGUGGCGGUUUUCUCUUUCGGGAGCCCCCGCGUCGGGAAUCGGGCCUUCGGCAAGCGGCUGACGGGGAAGAACGUGAAGGUGCUAAGGAUCGUGAACAACCAGGACGUAAUUACCAAAGUGCCCGGGCUGCCGAUGGUGGAUGAGUUGGACGAUGACAACCACCCAUUGGCGUACAGCCACGUGGGCACGGAGCUACGUGUCGACACGCGGAUGUCCCCGUACCUGAAGCCGAACGCUGACGUGGCGUGCUGCCACGACCUGGAGGCGUACUUGCACUUGGUGGAUGGGUUUUUGGCGUCCAACUGUCCGUUUAGGGCGAAUGCGAAGAGGAGUUUGGUGAAGUUGUUGAAUGAGCAGAGAGGGAAUGUGAAGCAGUUGUAUACUAGCAAGGCGCAAGCCUUGAGCUUGAAGUUUGAGAGGCAAGGGCUCGCGGCCACCGGCUGCUUGCCUAGCCCUUCUUCUUCUUGACUAUUAAUGAAAUUAGACCAUUUUGGUUCAAGAAAAUUUGUUGCCUAUUUUAGUGUCCAUGAUGGUAUCGCAUUUACAUCCAACUUCAAACUAUGAGAACAUUGUGGGGGUUAGGUGAUAUCGGAUUUGUUAUUGACGACUCAAAGCCUCCUAACAUAAUACUGUUGAUCGGUUCGAAUCUUUUAAAUAGUAACUAAUUAUAAAACUAAUUUGUAUCACCCUUUAAAAAAAACAAUACAAUCUAAGGUAUUUGAGUUGCGAGAACAUACAAUGUACUCCAUACUCCAUCUUAUUACAUAUAAUUUUAUAUUAGUUCGAAAAAGCAUUUACGUUUAAAUCAUAGUGUAAGAGCGUUUGUAAUACUAUACAAUCAAAACCUCAACAUACCAUUUAUAUCCAACCUUUUUUUCCCAAUUUCAUAAAAGGAUGAAUAAUCUGGUGUGAUAAAAAAAUUUCUCGCUUGUAUUUCAGUAUGUUUACUCAUGAGUUAAGGGGACCAGUUUUGUGAGUUUGCUAUUGAGGGUAUAGUUCAAAAAGGAUUUGGUGAUGAGUGGGUGUUUGACAUGGUCGUUUCGAUGACAUGGUGAAGUCAUUUGUCAACGUGACUUAAUCGAACUAACACUAUAUUAAACAGAUAAUAAUCGUAGUGUGAUAUUUACCGUUUAGUGCAGACCAUACAUCGUAUAUAGGUAAACCUUUUUUUUUUUUUUUGUUAAAUAGAUUUGUUCAUAUUUGUGGGACACUUUCAGUGACUCAGAAUUCAGGACCGGCACUAAAUGGCAACUUUGUUACUUAGUGAUGGAAUGUGAAUUCGAGUGUCCACACACUUGUUUGGUCUUCCAUCAACCGGACAAUCAAAUCUGGAAUUCAAUGCCAUGUUUCUCGGCGCUGGCCAUUUUGUUAAAUACUAUCCGGUGUGCAAAUUGAGGAAUCGGCUACAAACUUUAGACUAGCAUUUUUUUUUUUUUGGAAGUGUACUUUAGACUUUGUACAGUUGCUACUGGGUUUACAAGGAAACGUUAAUUAAAAUUUGAUCAUGUGUUACACAUAGGAAGUUAACUUUCUCUUUAUGACUCUCAUGUCUUGAAGUAGUAAGAUCGAGAUAAGUAUGUUGUGAGCUAGAGAGACAAACCAAUCGUCUUAAAUGAAGUAAUCUUCUUUCUAUUGUCUCCAACGCUGUCCCUGAUAGAUUCGUCGAUCGCCUUCACCGCAUUUAAUGCUUCGUACUUCCCUAUUUGGUGUCACGACUUACGACAACGUUGUAUUGCUGCAGACCCUGAGUGGCACACGAUGUCAUUUGCUAUUCUCGACGCCUAUUUUUAUAUCUCUUCACUCAUCUGAAGUUGACAAGCUCGGAGGCGCCGUAUAUAUGUGUAGUCUUUUCGUUUCUAAAUCGAAUGGCGUGGAUAGCUCCAUGUUGGGCCUACAGGCCCAGUUUAUGGGUUGCAUGAGGGUGGGCUCGAGCCCAACAAUUGUCCACCAAGGCUAGCACCCAACCUCCCUCUUUGUUUAGAACUUUUACCUCUCGUCUCUCUCAACUGCCAGACCAGGAGCUUUUGAUGUACCAUAAAUUUAUAUUUAUUGCAUAAACUAAUCCAAUUAAAUGUCACAGUCGACUGUUAGCAUAAACAACAAGAAUCCAACCAUUAUUAGUAGGCUUAAUUAUACUAACUGUUGAGAACAUAAUCAUGUACCAAAACGUUAAAGAAUGCGACCAUAUUAAACGUGGAGCAUUUUU